AUGUCUCUGAACCCGCAAAAGAAGCCCGUCAUCGCCGUGGUGGGCGCCGGCCCGGGGAUCGGUGAGGCCGUGGCUCGCCGCUUCGUCGCCGGGGGAUUCUGCGUGGCACUGCUGGCCCGCACCGAGGACAAGCUGCAGAAAAUGGCCCAGGGCAUCGACGCCGACCACGGCAAGGGCUCAGCCCAGUACUACAUCACCGACCUGCGGCAGGAGAGCUCCGUGCUGGCGAGCUUCCAGCGCAUCCGCGCCGAGCUGGGCCCCGUGGCCGUGCUGGUGUACAACGCGGGCGCGCGGCGGGUCAACGGGCGGGCCAUCCUCGACACGUCGUCGGAGGAAUUCGAGAACUUCACCAAGAUCAACCUGUUCGGCGCCUUCUGGGCCACCAAGUGCGUGCUCCCGGACAUGCUGGCGGCGGGCAAAGGCACAAUCCUGUUCACGGGCGCCACGGGCGCGCUGCGCGGGAAUCCCGGCCUGGCCAGCUUCUCCCCGGGCAAGUUCGGGCUGCGGUCGCUGUGCCAGAUCAUCACGCGCGAGUACCAGGCGUCGGGCAUCCACGCCGCCCACAUCAUCGUCGACAGCCCCGUCGACGGCAAGCUGAUCGGCGAGUGGUCACGGCGCCAGUGGCAGCGCACGGGCCAGGGCGACAAGCUCGACGACGUCGAUGCCCACCUCGUCUCGCCCGCCGACCUGGCCCAGACCUACUGGUUCCUGUACAUCCAGCCGCGCAGCGCCUGGACCCACGAGCUGGACGUCCGCCCGCAGAAGGAGAGCAUGUUUUCGAAAUUGUAA